AUGUCCUUUGUUUCGCCAACAUUUAAGAAGCGCGCCUCAGCAAGUCUGGAUACACUUGAAGUAUGUGUUAAGCAUGUGCAGAAUACCUUGCAGCCCAAGUUGGAAACAGGCGAUGCGUCAAUUUUGGAGCACAUCCUCCAGGUGGAGAUACAUAGACUGAGAAGUGUUUAUACGUCCACUGGUAAUCCUCCGGUCAUUUUCAUGUCUAACGUCAUGGCAUCUAACGGAUUAGCAGAUCUAAAACGAGCAAAUCCAAAACUGACCGACACUGCUCCUCCUACACACAUCGAAAGCAUCUUUCAAGCGCUUACUACUACAGACAAUCAUCAAAAGCAUCCAAUUACGACUAAGACCAGCGCUCGCAACAAUGAAGCCGGUACGCUCAAGCCCCAAAAUGCCGCAAAUCGAGUACGAAAACCUAAGAAAGCAAAGCAACCGAGGUUCACUGAUUUAAAAGGUCACAUUCUCUUCUUGAAGACCCAGGAGAAGGAAGGACUACCGCUGAGCCGUGAUGGUCAACCGCCUUUCAUACGCCUUCCAGUCGCAGUUCUCCUUCGGUCUUCCGUCACUUUGAAGCGCCUCAUUGAAGCUAAGCGCCAAAGACUUAUCGACGAUUCAAGGGACAAAGUUUGUUACAACCCUCGAAACACCCAGCUUAAGAAGACUUACAUCACCGAAUACACCAUCUAUGUGGACGCUUUGAUGGAUGCACCUUGGGCGGAAAAACAAGCUGGGUAUGCUGAACUAGCGGCAUUGGGAAAGGAGACAAUCUGGAAACUCAUCGUCAGGUGGAGCAAUUGCUUCAAUGAAGAUCGGAAGCUUGGUGGAGGAAAAAAGUAUGCUCAGGCCACUGUAAAGGAACUGCUUGACUUGGCAAUUUUGGGCAAGUUCUUGAAGUGCGAUGCAGAAUUUUUCUAG